GGAGGAAACAGUCGUGAACGUGGAGGCUUAAACACUUGGUAGACGACGCUGGGUAGGUCUCAGGCGAACGUUGGCCAUCGCUCGCGGGAGGGAUCUUCGUGCGUCCCUUUACGUUGAGUUCAGGGAUCCUCCUGGUCCAGGCGACGGUAUAUUUGUAUCUUGAGGUCCGCAAGCAUGCGCAGAAGAGGAUCAGCGUGCGAUGGAAGUCCGCACCGGAGGGGAAGGUCUAAUUCAGAGUCCCUUACCCUCUACGUCAUGAAUUUGACGCCGUCGGCGGCGUGCCCGGCGCGGGAGGACCUUAUAGCGAUGGCGGAGCACGGGCAUGAGAGGCUGAUCAACGUCCGUCCUGGACUGACACGCCGCUGUCCCUCUUCCGCUCUUCCCAUCACCAUCACCAUCGCCUUUUCCCCCAUCGCCCGCGCAAUCGCCGGCGCCGGAACGUCCACUUAUAAUCAGCGCGAGUCUGACGUGUCGCGAUGCCAGCUCUAUCGGAAAGCAUCAUCCACUCCAGCCGCGGGCCCUCCCCGAUGCGCCCUGGCUACUCGAGUACGGCCUCGUACCGCCCGGACGGCCUCAGCGUCGCCGACGAGGUGCACCCCGUCAUACACGCGGGGCGCGUCGCGGUCAUCACUGGCGCGGCGAGCGGGAUCGGAAAGGCGGCAGCGAUUGAGUUGGCCAAGAUUGGUCUGAAGAUCGCGAUGGCCGACGUAGACGAGGCCCGGCUGGCGCACGCUGCGAAGGAAGUUGGCGCGAUCGCGAACGUAGACGGCGCGACGAACGUCAUCUUCGUGCCCACGGACGUGUCGCAGAUCGACCAGGUCGUCCGGCUGAAGGAGCGCGUGUAUGAGACCUGGGGAGAGGUGGCGGUCCUGAUCAACAACGCUGGCGUUGCGCCGAAGGGAACGUCAUGGAGUGGGAUCGACAACUGGAGGAAGGCUUUCGAUGUCAAUGUUUUCGGCAUUGUCAACGUCCAACAGACCUUUAUGCCGUUCAUGUUGCAUCAAGAGAACCCGUCUGUGAUCAUAAACACCGGCUCUAAGCAGGGAAUCACAAACCCUCCUGGCAACGCCGCGUACAACGCGUCCAAGGCCGCGGUCAAGUCGCUCACCGAGAGCCUCUCGCACGAGCUGCGCGAGUUCCCGGGCAGCCAUGUCACUGCCCACUUAUUCGUCCCCGGCUGGACGCACACCGGAAUGACGGGCGCGAACCCGCCAACGUCGCCGACCUCGGAGGCGCCGCCAGAGCUGCCGAAGCCAGACGGCGCGUGGAGCGCGACGGAGACCGUCCUCUACAUGCUCGACAAGGUCCGCAGCGGGGACUUCUACAUCAUCUGCCCGGACAACGAGACGCGCCGGGAGGUGGACCAAUUGCGGAUCAUGUGGGGCGCCGCCGACGUCGCAGAGGGACGACCCGCGCUCAGCCGCUGGCAUCGGGACUACAAGCACCUGUACGAGGAGUACAUUAAGGACGGGUUGGCCAGUCUUUCCUAGGUUUGGUUGGUUACCGUGAGGAUCUUCGACUGACGCAUCGACGUUGGGCUCGCCUAACGUGCAAUCGUCGAAAUCGGCAGACGCGUGCACAGACGUUGGACUGACCUACGUAUUACUGACCGACUUCGACCUCUUGAUUGGACGAGCACGGUGUGGAUGCGCUACUUCAGGAUGCUCUUGUCGCUGUAUAAAAUGUGGAAAGGAAUGUAAAAAUGUGUAUAGAUAACGUGUAGUUCAAUUUGUGUAAGGAAGGAUAGGAGAAGGAAGUAUACACCAGUAGACGCCUGUUCGCUGUGCGAGGGAUUCGGACUUGGACGCUGC